CUUCACUUCAAUGUUGCCAUUUAAUUCCUUAAUUAGGAACGAGAUUGGACGACAAUAGCGCACUCCGUUGGAUGACACUUCAACUACACUCACAGUGAAACGGUGUAUGGCCUAGAUGAACAUAAACAAGGUGCUAUGUGGUGGAUUUGGUUAGAUUUUAACGAUUGCUUGAAAAAAUUCGGCCAACAUGGUGAUACAACAUGAAACUUAAUUAAGCUUUGGGCCUUUGGCUCUUGUGAGAAGAAAUGGCUUCUGGAGGUUCGCAAAUUACCGAUGACUCAAAGACUGAAAGAAGUUUUAAACCUUGGGAACGUUUCUCUGCCUGGAUACACGCAAUAUGUAUUGUUACAUUUGACCUUGAACUUGGUCAAGCUUUGGAGGUUGUGUAUCCAACUUGUACAAAGUUAAGUGAAGAAGAUAAAACCAAUAUAUGUUAUUUAGCUUUCCCAGAUUCAAAUUCAGGAUGCAUGGGUGAUACACAAUUUCAUUUUAGAUUUCGCCACAUACCUCAUGAUAGCGCUAGCCCAACAUCUUCACAUGCCACCUAUAAUAAUGGGAAUUCAGUCUCUCUUCUAGCCAAUAGAAAUUAUCUGUAUGGUUAUGUUUAUUUUAGACAGGUUAAAGACACAACACUUCCGAGAGGUUAUUUUCAAAAAAGUGUCAUUAUACUAUCAAAAUAUCCUUUUGUGAACCUGUUCUUGACUGUUUGUCGCAUGAUAGCGCCAGAAUUCUUUGAAAAUGGCACUUUAAGCAUUGAAGCAGCUUGCCAUGAGAUCGACCAUUGGCCCCCUCCCAUUAAUGGAGAGAUAGUGAGCCUUCCCCUAUUAGGAAUGGUUCUCCAGGCACAAAUACCUGGUGAUAUUUCUCUUGGUAAUGCUUCCAUUCUGCAAUCUAUUUGCUCAACUAGUGUUAUUCCCUGUGUACAUCUCAACAAUCUUUUUAGUUGCUUUUCUAAUUGUAUUUACCAUAUCCAACUUUUGUGGGAAUUGGUAUUGAUAGGCGAGCCAAUAGUAGUAAUGGCAUCAUCACCCGAGACUUGUUCACAGAUGGUUCAUGCUCUUGUGACGAUGAUCAUGCCUUUAAUGUACUGUGGUGAACACAGACCUUACUUCACAAUCCAUGAUACUGAAUUCAAAGAGUAUACAAAGACUACUCAGCCACCACCUCCUAUUAUUCUUGGUGUCACAAAUCCAUUUUUCUCAAAAACCUUGCAACAUUGGCCACAUAUUAUCAAAUUGCCAGAGGCUGCAAAACCAUCAACUUUACAGAAAAAUAAAAUUAAAAAGGGAGUAGUAAAAGCUUUUGAUAGUAAAUCUGGUGUUUAUACUCAAUACGAACCAUUUUUGCAUAAAGAUAAGGGUAUAGUAAAAAAAUUACUGAAAGGUAUUCAAACGAACAGACCAGAAGAAGUUCAAAGUGCCCUCUUGAGACGACAUCUUCUGGAAUUGACACAAAGUUUUAUGAUACCAUUAGAAAGGUACAUGUCAACGCUUAUGCCUCUUCAUAAAAACAUUUCUCCCUAUAAAGCUGCUCCAUCUCCUUGGCCAUUUAAUCCUGAGGCAUUUAUUGCUACCUUGGCCAAAUCUGGUCCUCAGCUGACUACAGGUAUCAAAGGAGAUUGGGAAGGUCUUUAUAGGAGGUUUUUCAGAAGUCCCAAUUUCAUUGGAUGGUAUAGUACACGAAGUAAGUCCAUGAAUGAGAAGCUUCAGAUAUUGCAGUUAGAAGCCUUGUCAGAAGCAGAUCUCCGUCAAUGGGUACAAGGUAAAGAAGAAGUGGAGGUUGUUGACAUGAUUAUCAAAAUACGCUGCAAGCUUGAAGAAUGUCGCAUCAGAAAUGUGCGAAUAAGUGAUAAUGUUUGUAAACAACUUCAACAGAGAAUGGAUGAAAUAGUUUGUACAUUGCCGGAUGACCUUAGGUCAGUCCUCAACUCGAAGCCUAGCUGACCGUUACUUGACAACUCUGAUAGUUGCUCACUGUGUCUCAUUUUUACAUAAAGAAUCAAAAUAUAUUUGAAUGUCAAACUAUAUUUGCCAUAUCUGUAUAUAUUUCUGUUAAAGUGUGUGUGAGAGGCAGGUAGGUCUAAUUGUAAAUACUCACUAAGUUUAAGAAUUAACUUUCUAUUUAAAAAUUAUUUUUGUAGUACCUGGGAUCAUAUUUUGAC